UUUGUGCGUGCGUGCGUACGCAGCCAACGAGCUGCAGCAGCACUGACUCCACUUGUCUGUCAAACACAACCAACACAGCCAACAUGGCGGACUGGGACGCUGAGAACUUCGAGGUGGAGGAGCCGAUUAAAAAGGCGGCAGUGGUCGACAAAUGGGAAGGAGAAGACGAGGAGGACGAGGUUAAGGACAACUGGGAUGAUGAGGAUGAAGAUGCAGCAAAAAAAGCGGAGGUGACAAAAGCUGAGACAAAGGUUUCAGAAAAGAAAAAGUUGAGUGAGAAGAUCAAAGAAAAGGAAAACCGGCUAAAGAAAAAGCAGCAGGAGCUCAAGGAGAAAGAGCUGCUAGAAAACCAAGCAGAUCUAACACCUGAAGACCAACUCGCAGAGAAGUUAAGAGUGAAGAAAUUACAGGAAGAUGCUGACUUGGAGCUAGCAAAAGAAGCUUUUGGUGUUAGCAGCACUUCAAACACUGUCAGUGGGAUUGACGCCAUCUGUCCCUCUUCCAAAGAAGAUUUCACGGAGUUUGAAAAGUUGCUGAAAGAAAAGAUAUCCCAGUUUGAAAAAUCUGUGCAUUUUUCAAGUUUCUUGGAUUCAUUGUUUCGGGAACUCUGUAUUUCAUUGGAAGUAGAGGACUUGAAGAAAAUAAGUAAUUCCUUGUCAGCCCUACUUAGUGAAAAACAGAAACAAGAAAAACAAAACAAAGGAAAAAAGAAGAAGAAAGGAGUUGUACCUGGAGGCGGUUUGAAAGCACAGAUGAGAGAUGACCUCGACUAUGCAACGUUUGAUGGUGGCUAUGCCCAAGACUACGAGGACUUCAUGUGACACUGGCUCGAUCACCUCUGCCCUUUCCCCUUAUCAACCCUCAGAAAUGCAGCUGUACCUUCUCAUCCUGUCCAGUGCCAUUCUGGAAAAUCUGAACUAUGUAUUGCCCCCUUCAUUUUGCUUCAGUGACCAGAGAGACUAUACCAGGGAGCAUCCAGUUUCACCAACUCUUUAUGUUCAUACAUAUGGAAUUGCCUUUUCUCUGUCUCAUUCAGCCUCGACUCAAAACACACAUAAUGAUAUAGUAUCUGUUGGAUGACCACGCUUCAAAGAAGAUUACAUAACUGCUGUUUUCUGAAUUUUGCAGGUGUCAGUUUUAUUACCAGUAAAUGUUGCUCCUGUCAAAAUGGAAGAUACAGUAUUACAGUUUUAAGUGUAGUGACAUAGAAACAAAAGGUUCUAUGCAAAUUCUUAAACCAGAAUGUCAUGUGUAUAUUACAAGUCUCACUUUCCUUUGGAUGGUUUUCUAACAGGGAAGUAUAUAGUAUCUAACUUUGGUUGCCAUUUUACAUAAACCAUUCAAUACAUUACUCAUCUUUAUCUCUGAAAAGGUUGCAAUGUGGGUUAAUUGAGACUGACGGAACAUGUAAGUAGUUGUAAUUUUACAGAGAGCACAUGACAUUCAUUGUAUGGUAAAAGGGAUAGACAAGUAAAAUAAAUGUGACUUUAAAACCUAACAGCCAUUCUCUUGAUACAUCUCUGGAAUAUCCUUGAACAUAUAGGAGUGCUUAUAGGUAUUUUUUGUGCAUGACAACAAUGUACCGUAAUUGACUUAUUUGGUUUCUACUAAUGCAGAAAACUAUGGAUCAGGCAAGUGGACUAACUUGCUACGACUGGUCACCUAAUCAUUGCUUCUGCAAGCUUGUAUCAAGUGUGAUGAGGAGCGGGGGCUUAUUGGCUUCACACCACAUUGUCUUCAUAUGGGCUACAGUCGGUUGAAAAGGGUUUGUUGCUCCUUUUCUUUUCUAGCAUUUGACCAGUUUAAUUGUUACAUGGACAAUUGGAAACAUACAAUGUGGAAAAUACAGCAUCUGCACUGUUUUAUAAGCAUCUAAUUUAAUAAAUCACUGGUCAAAAGGA